ACAGUCCCAGGGACGGUUGCUGAGCGGGCCUGGGGUCCCGGGUCGCGGUGCCUCCCGCCCGUGCGUCCCUCGUCCACCUGUCCGAUCCCGAGCGAGGUAACCCGAGCCCGCGCCGGGCGGGCGGGCCGAACUGAGAGAAUCCCUUCAGCUGGCAUUCGGUGCCACAGGCACGGGAUCUCACCAGGAGGAGACGGACAGAGCUAGGGGCCAGCGAGAUGGCAGACGAGGCCUUGGCCGGGCUGGACGAGGGGGCCCUGAGGAAACUGCUGGAGGUCACGGCGGAUCUGGCAGAGCGGCGGCGCAUCCGCUCGGCCAUCCGGGAGCUGCAGCGGCAGGAGCUGGAGCGUGAGGAGGAGGCUCUGGCAUCCAAGCGCUUCCGUGCCGAGCGGCAGGACAACAAGGAGAACUGGCUGCACUCUCAGCAGCGGGAGGCCGAGCAGAGGGCUGCCUUGGCACGGCUGGCAGGGCGGCUGGAGUCCAUGAGUGAUGUGGAGGAGUUGACCGCACUGCUGCGAGGUGCCGGGGAGUAUGAAGAACGCAAGCUGAUCCGAGCUGCCAUCCGCCGCAUACGGGCCCAGGAGAUUGAGGCCAUCGCCUUGGCUGGGAGGCUGUGCAGUGGGCGUCCCAACAGUGGGUCAAGAGAGGACAGCAAGGAGCGGGUGAAACACAGGCUGGACCAGUGUGAGGUGCCAGAGCGAGAGGAACAGGAGCAGAAGGCAGAGGCCUCAGAGCCAACCCCAACCCCUGAGGCUGCCAGGCAGGACGUGACUACAGUGACACUUCUGCUGCGGGUCCCAAUUGGGGACACACCCAGCCCGUCCGCCUCACCCAACGGUUCGCCCACUACUGCCUCCCCCGAGCCUCCGCUGGAGCCUGCCCAGGCCCAGUGCCCUGCAGCUGACGGUCCAGACGGCCCUGAGCCCCCCAGCCCACCCAGAGCUGCCAGCCCUGAGCCCCAGGAGCCACCAGCCCCCACCAGCAGUAAGGAACAGGUAGUCAACAAGCUCCUGCCUGCUCCCAAAGAGCCUACUGCUGCCCCAGGCCCCAUCCAAGGCCCCUCCAACACAAAGAGAACAGACCUGGGUGGACCCCGUCCCUGCCAACACUCCCUGUCUGUGCUCAGCCCUCGCCAGCCAACCCAGAACCGAGAGCCCACCCCCUGUGCCAGUGGACCUUCCCAGUUCCAGCGGGCUGGCUCUGUGCAGGACCGCGUCCGCAAGUUCACGUCCGCCUCUCCUAUGGCUGCCGGGCUCCAGGACGGCCCAGCCCGGACAGCCCUUGGUCCCCAGACUCCUACAAAGCUCCUGGGCCCCUCCCUGGUCAGCACCACCCCUGCCUCCUCCUCCAGCAGCUCCUCCUCAAGGGGUGCCAGUGACACCGCCUCCCGGCUCGGCAAGGAGCAGCGAGGAACAACCCGGCCCCUGGCCCAGCUUCGGAGCUGCCCCCAGGAGGAGGGCCCUGGGGGGCGGGGCUUGGCUGCCAGGCCCCUUGAAAACGGAGCAGGGGGCCCCGUGGCCCACUCAGAGGAGCCCAGCGCCCCGCUGCCCGUGGCCGCCGGCACUGCCGAGCCAGGGGGCAGCAUGAAGACCACAUUCACCAUUGAGAUCAAGGAUGGCCGCAGCCAGGCCUCCACGGGCCGGGUGCUGCUGCCCACGGGCAACCAGAGGGCAGAGCUGACGCUGGGGCUGCGGGCACCCCCCACCCUCUUCAGCACCAGCAGUGGGGGCACAAGCGCUGUCACCCACAUCAGCAGCCCUGGGAACCUGGCCCAGCUGGGCACCGUCACUCACGUCACUAGCUUCAGCCAUGCCUCCCCUGGGAGCCGGGAAGGCUGCAGCAUUAAGAUGGAGCCUGAGCCAGUGGAGCAGCCCUCUGUUGCAGUGGAAGCGGCCAACGGUGGCGAGCAGGUCCGAGUGGACAAAGCCCCAGAGGGGCGAAGCCCACUGAGCGCCGAGGAGCUGAUGGCCAUCGAGGACGAGGGCGUCCUGGACAAGAUGCUGGAUCAGACCACAGACUUUGAGGAGCGGAAGCUCAUCCGGGCUGUGCUACGUGAGCUCCGACAAAGGAAGAGAGACCAGCGGGACAAGGAGCGGGAACGGCGGCUACAGGAGGCACGGGCCCGGCCAGGGGUCAGCCGCAGCAACACGGCCACCGAGACCACCACCCGGCAUAGCCAGCGGGCAGCUGAUGGCUCGGCUGUCAGCACUGUCACCAAGACUGAGCGGCUUGUCCACUCCAAUGAUGGCAGACGGACGGCCCGCACCACUACGGUGGAGUCAAGCUUCGUGAGGCGCUCGGAGAAUGGCAGUGGCAGCACCAUGGUACAGACCAAGACCUUCUCCUCCUCCUCCUCCUCCAAGAAGAUGGGCAGCAUCUUUGAUCGCGAGGACCAGGCCAGUCCGCGGCCCGGCAGCCUCGCGGCGCUUGAGAAACGCCAGGCGGAGAAGAAGAAAGAGCUGAUGAAGGCGCAGAGCCUGCCCAAGACGUCGGCCUCCCAGGCGCGCAAGGCCAUGAUUGAGAAGCUGGAGAAGGAGGGCGCCGCGGGCAGUCCUGGCAGUCCCCGUGUAGCCGUGCAGCGAUCCACCAGCUUCGGGGUCCCCAACGCCAACAGCAUCAAGCAGAUGUUGCUGGACUGGUGUCGAGCCAAGACACGUGGCUACGAGCAUGUGGACAUCCAGAACUUCUCCUCGAGCUGGAGCGAUGGGAUGGCCUUCUGUGCUCUGGUACACAACUUCUUCCCCGAGGCUUUCGACUAUGGGCAGCUCAGCCCACAGAACCGGCGCCAGAACUUCGAGGUGGCCUUCUCGUCUGCUGAGACCCAUGCGGACUGCCCGCAGCUCCUGGACACAGAGGACAUGGUGCGGCUUCGAGAGCCCGACUGGAAGUGCGUGUACACGUACAUCCAGGAGUUCUACCGCUGUCUGGUCCAGAAGGGGCUGGUAAAAACCAAAAAGUCCUAACCCCUGCUCGGGGCCCCACGGCUUGGGUGACGGGCCCGCGGCUUCCUGCCUUUCCGGAAGGCUUUUCCCCAUUCAAUCGCUCAAGAGCCUGAAGUUUAUGGAAGACCGGCAGGCUGCCGCAACAACCAAAGGACCUCGGGAUAGUGGGGCGCUGCCGGGGGCGGGGCCAGCGCUGACAUCCACCCUCGCGCCCCCUCCCCGCAGGAUGCUGGUGGACUGCGUCCCCCUGGUGGAAGUGGAGGACAUGAUGAUCAUGGGCAAGAAGCCCGACCCCAAGUGCGUCUUCACCUACGUGCAGUCGCUCUACAACCACCUGCGGCGCCACGAGCUGCGCCUGCGCGGCAAGAA